AGUCACUAAUGCUAUUCAUUUAUUACAUGAUACAGGCACUUCCUGUAAAGUUAUAGUAUGUGAUGGUUUGGCGGCUAAUAUAAAAAUGUACCAACUACUUGGUGCAUCUAUAGAUCCUGAUCUAUGUAUACCCUAUUUUACUCACCCAUUAAAUUUUGAUGAAAAAGUCUACAUUAUGUUGGACGUAUGCCACAUGAUUAAGUUGUUGAGAAAUCUUCUCGGUGAUAAAAAAAUUUUAAUUUAUAAUAAUGGAUCAAUAAUAAAUUAGAAAUAUAUAGCUAAUCUUCACAAUUUACAAGAUAAAGAAGGACUUCGUGCUGCUAAUAAAAUUAAUAAAUCUCAUAUUGACUAUCACAAACAAAAAAUGAAAGUAUUUACUUAUAUUUUUUAAAGGUUAAACUUGCUGUACAAGUUUAGCUCAGUGGCAAAAGGUAUUCUUUUGGCACAAGAGCUAAAGAUUGAUGGGUUUGAAAAUUGUGAGAGCACAGUUGACUUUAUUAAAAUGAUUGAUCAGUAUUAAAAUAUAUUAAUAUUUUAAAUAAUAUUUUUAUAGAAUGUUUGACUUUUUAAAUACACGGAACAUAGUUGCUAAAGGGUUUAAAAAACCACUAACUACAAAUUCACUUUCUUAUUAUGAAAAUUUUUUUGAGAUGUGCAUUACAACUUUAAAAUUCUUAAAGUUUGAAAGUGGAAAAUACGCUUAUAGAUCAAAAAAAAAGUCUGCAUUAUAGGCUUAAUCUUGUCAAUGAAAAGCAUUUUGGGAAUUGGGAGGGAAUUAUUAUUAGGACCUAACCCCAAACUCAAAUAUCUUUUAACCUACAAAACAUCUCAAGAUCAACUAGAGCUCUUCUUUAGCUGUUUACGUAGCAGAGGAGGUUUUAAUAAUAACCCUUCUGCCUAUCAAUUACGAUCAGUUAUAAGAGGCGUUAUGAUAGCAAAGAUGGGAGCCUUAUGCACAGAUGUUCCAGAUAUCCAAAAAUUAUCGCCAUUCGUUGAUAACAUCGCAACUUAUAUAUCAGGAUAUAUAACACGUAAACUUAUAUCCGAAAAUAAGGUAAAGUGUUAUAUAUGUAUUUCUGCAAUGAUUGUUAAAAAUUGUAAAGAUCAAGAGAGCUAUAAUUUAAUUAAAAUUAAAAACAAUCAGGGAUUAAUAAUUCCUUCCAGAGAUGUAUCUAGAUUAUGCCAAUAUGCUGGAAGUGGUUUCCGUACAUUUGAACAUAAUAAUCAAAUUAAUAGGCCUUGUAUAUUUAAACGAAUAGUAUCUUUUGUGAUUUCAAAAGUGAUAGAAACAAAUAUUUUUGAUAAUCUGGUUGAUCACAUGCUAGAUCAAGAAGAAACAUCUAGCCAUUAUCAAAAAUUAAUUAGAUUAAUAGUUGAACGUUACAUAAACAUAAGAUUUUAUCAUUUUGCAGAUAAACAAAAUAAAAAUGAAAAUACCAACAUUCGUCAGAAGCUGACCAAAACCAUUCUAUUUAAAGGACAAUAAAUAUAUCUAUAUAAUCUUUUUUAAUUUAAAUGAUAUUAGAUAUAUAUUGUAACUAUAUAUAUUUAAAUAUAAAUAAUA